CGGGCGAUUGCUGUAGUUUCACGGAUUUUUUCUAUCUUCUACCAACCCUCAGGCGCAAUCCCACACUUGGUCUUUCUCGUAAUAUCCACCCUGAAGAUGCCUUGGUGUUUCUCCCUCCCGGUGACGGUAGAUUCAACAGCUCCGGUGUUUGUUUCUUCGACUAGCAGAGAUAGAUUUACUGUUUUGGAUCUCUAUCUAUUGGAUUUUUUCAACAAUGUUAGUGAAGAAGCUGUGGCUAAGACGAAAUGUGAUUCAUCUGAUUGAGCUUUCUACCAAAUAAACUUGCAGGUUCGUCAUCUUCCUAUUAGAUUAUAGUACUACAUUGAAAAGUUUCUGUCACAUUUAUGAGUGGUCAAGUCAAAUAGUGUAUUGGUCUCUGAUGAGAAAAGGUUGUAUUGUAUGUAUACUUUGUGGUGAAUGUAGAGUUAAUCUUUGUUAAUGGUAAUCACAUAGCUCAACAAUGGACAAUGGAACAUUUGUUUGUUAAUUGCUAGUAUAGAUAAUCUAUAAUAUAGAUUGAACUGAGGCAUCUCUCUCUGAUGUUAUUCUAAUUAUGAAUAGAUUUGUAAAAUAUAGACAAUUUGAUCUCAUUUGCCUGUCACAUUUAUUCAUAUUCAAGUCAACUUGUAUUUAUUCUUAUACUGAUUAUGAUAUUGUUACUUUAAAAUCUAGUGUUAAAUCUGUUGACUAUUUUACAUUGCUUGUCAGUUGUGACAUUCACAGACGUUGCACCAAAGAAGGAAACACUGUUAUGGGGUGGUCACUUUAUCCACAACAUUCAUAAAUUCCUUCUCUUGUAGAUUUGGUUGCCAUCUGCAUAAUGCAAGACACCGAUAUGUUCAUGUGCAAACUCUAAAUAGGUGGGGGUCAUAUAUGUUUCAUCCCCGUGAGAGACAGGAGUUCCGGAAGCAGUCCUAUAUAUCUGACUGUGGUCGUGUCAUAUUCAGUGGGUCUACAACCAGAGAGGAAGAGAAAACUGCUAACCAUUGUGAGAAGAGAAAAUCAAAAGGAAAAAAAACGACAAAUGAUUCGAGGAGCGCUUCUUGGAAUCAUAUGGAUGAUAUAUUGUGUCUGCGCGUCAUUCCAACAAGAGACGACGUUCGUCUUCAACGGCUUCGACCAAGGAGACCAUCGUAUUCACCUUCAGGAUGGUGCAAGAAUCAUUCCAAAAAAAGAUGUCCUGCAACUGACGAAUGCAACGACAACACAAAUAGGUCGUGCUUUCUUCGAGCAGCCUAUUGAGUUCAAACCAUCUGAACCAGUCUCGUUCUCGACGCAUUUUGUGUGCGCACUGGUCCCUGUAAGUGAGGUGAGUAGCCAUGGCAUGGCGUUUUUUGUGUCUCAUUCCACUGAUUUCGAAGGUGCCCAACCAUCUCGAUACUUAGGGCUUUUCAACGCAAAUGGAUCUUCUUCGACACGUGUGUUGGCUGUUGAGCUUGAUAUUGCUAAAGCUGAAGAUGUGCUCGACAUCAGUGAUAAUCAUGUUGGGGUUGAUGUGAACAGCGCAGUGUCUGUGGUAGCUGCUCCCGCAUCUUAUUUCUCAGACAAAGAAGGUCGGAAGAUAGACAUGAAACUCGUGAGUGGCGAUCCUAUCCAGGUUUGGGUGGAUUACGAAGGAACAACACUCAACGUUUCAUUGGCUCCUCUUGGUAACCAGAAACCAAGCCGACCUCUUUUGUCAUCGACAUCCAUCAAUCUUACGGAGAUUGUGCAAGGUAGAAGAAUGUUUGUCGGGUUUUCUGGUUCAACGGGGUCAGGCGUGGUCAACCAGUACUUACUCGGGUGGAGUUUUAGCAAAAGCAUGGCGUCGCUGCAGAAGAUUGACAUCUCAAAACUUCCCAAAGCUCCUCAUCCCAGCAGUAAAAGUAACUAUACAUAUCUGGUGUUUGAUGUUCUGUUGGGUUUACUAGUUUUCUUAGUUUUGGGGCUUCUCUUUGGAGCUUAUAUGUAUAGGAGAAACUUGUACGCCGAAGUAAGAGAGGAUUGGGAAAAUGUGUAUGGUCCACUCAGGUAUUCUUACAAAUCUUUAUACAAAGCAACAAACGGGUUCAGUAAAAAUGAAUUUAUUGGGAGAGGAGGUUUUGGUGAAGUCUACAAAGGAACACUCCCUCGGAGCAUAGAGAUGAGAGAAGUGGCUGUGAAGAAAGUAUCACAUGACGGUGAGCAAGGUAUGAAGCAAUUUGUGGCUGAGAUCGUGUGCAUGAAGAGUUUAAAACACCGAAGCUUAGUUCCACUUCUUGGGUAUUGCAGGAGGAAACAUGAGUUAUUACUGGUUUCUGAGUAUAUGCCAAAUGGUAGCUUGGAUGAUUACUUGUUCAAUCCUGAUAACCCGGCUCUCCCCUGGUGGAGAAGAUUUGCCAUUCUCAAAGACAUCUCCUUAGCUCUGAAUUACUUGCAUACAGAAGCUGACCAAGUUGUUAUACACAGAGAUAUCAAAGCCUCUAAUGUUUUGUUGGACGCAGAGCUUAAUGGAAGGUUAGGAGAUUUUGGUAUGUCCAGGUUAUAUGAAAGAGGGACUGAUCCAACCACAACAGCUGCAGUUGGGACUGUUGGUUACAUGGCUCCUGAGCUUACAACAUUUGGAGCAUCCACCGUGACUGAUGUAUACGCUUUUGGUGUUUUCUUGCUUGAAGUAACUUGUGGGAGGAGGCCUGUGGAGCUUCGCGUGCCGGUUGAAAAACGUUUUCUGAUCAAAUGGGUUUGUGAAUGUUGGAGAGGGUCCUCUUUGAUUGAUGCUAUAGAUCCAAGGUUGACAGAAUUCUCAUCCAGAGAAGUCAAGAGGGUUCUGAAAAUUGGGUUGCUCUGUGCAAACCUUGCUCCAGAUGCAAGACCGUCCAUGGAACAAGUGGUGCAGUACUUAAACGGAAACCUAGCAUUGCCCGAGUUUUGGCCAUAUUCUCCUGGAAUCGGAGCUCUCACUCCAACAACGCUUUCACCAGAACAGCUCUCGCUCGAAUCAGUAUCACUGUCUUCUUCCUUAUGCAACACUUCAAUGUUUAUUACUCAUACAGUUCUCUACGGGAGUGGACGAUGAAAGUUUCUAACAACUUCCCUCAUCAUCUUUGGCCUCUUGACUCUUGUCAUGGACUGUUAUUCAACCAUUUCUAUUCGAUGUUUGUUUCAUUGUAUGCUUGCACAUGUUCAUCAAUGACAUUCUCCAUCAAGUUUCACUGGUAGAACGAUGAAACGGAACUGGUUUUGUGAAAUUUUUUUGUAGCUACUUUACUAAAUAAUUUGACAAUCAGUUGUUAUUGUCACUCUUA